AUGGCGUCGCCGGCGGUACGGAGCUCGGAGUCCGAGGAGAUUUCCGAUGCUACUGCUUCUUCUCUUUCACAUCGUGUAGGAGAACUUUUAGCCUUGUGUUUCAGUUCAGUUGAAGUUGGAGGACUUCAAGACUUGGAGAGUUUGGUGAAAGAACUUGUCAACUGUCUGAAUUCUUUGUCCGAAGAGGAGAAUGAAGCUUUGAAUUCCAGCAAUGAACUGGAGAAUGAUGUUAUUCAAGCUCUAGCUGAAAUUUUGAAAUUUGUAUCAUCUCCUCAAAUGGAUCAGGCUGUUAUAGAUGCACUGUCAUUUGAGUUGCCGAAAGUAAUUUCCAAGUUUGCGAACCUAUCAAGCAGAUGUUCACAGUUAGUUGACGAAAUCGUUGAUCGAUUUGUGGAAGAGUGCAAUCCGCGAGACAUGCUUUCGAUUCUUUGUGAGGCACUCGAUGCUGCACGGUGCUCUCUUUCACCAUCCAGUUGUUCUACUCCUUUAUUACAUGGGCUCUCUAAAGUAUUUAUAUCAGUUCAGAGGCGUCACUAUGAGCAACUAAGAGUUGCAGUUCCAAUUGUCCUCAACGUAUUGAAGGACAUGUCACUGGAAACAGACGUGCAAGUUGAAGAUUUAUUUGAAAAGGCUCUAGGCAUUGCCGUUUCAAUUCAAGAUGUUUCUUCGAAACUGAAGAAUGAAGAAAACGCAAAAGUAUGUUGUUUGCUUGGUCUCUAUGUGAUGCAGAUAACGGCUAUUCUUUCAGUUAGCAUCAGAGACAAAGUGGCCUCUUGUGUUCCUCUGGUGAUGCAGUUAGAACCUUUCUUGACGUACUGUAGUUUAACACAUCUUGGUUUAAUCACGGGUAACGACACUGAAAAAUUAAUUAGCACGGUUGCUGGAGAUGAUGAUGAUUUUAUCAGCUCUUUCCCUGACAUCAAGUUGGGUGCGUCGCUUUUAUUCAUCUGGGCGAAAAUCUCACACGAGAUUUCAGAGUUUGCUAAUGCGGCUAUAGGAAAUGAUGUAGAGGAGCUUCAAAGCAAUCCAGUGAAAAGGUGGCAAGCUUAUGGGAUGUUGAAAUAUAUACUCACUUCUGGAGAUCUGCUCUGGGAAUUCAAAAGGCACACUAUCGAGCUUUUGCUUGACAUAACAAAAGGAGUUACUUCAUCCCAAUGCAACUAUGAGCAAAUAGAUUGUUCAGAUUACACACCUAGCAUCUACGCUGCUUUACAGGCUGUUACAUUAGUGAUCAUGUAUGCCCCAGAUGCAGGUCUGAGGAAAAAGACAUUUGAGGCACUGAAGAGGAUUCUUUCUGAUAUCCCAGCGCCUGAGAGGUUUGACAUUUUAAGAGCCCUUGUCACAAAUUCCCAGUCUUCCUCAAUGACAGCGAUCCUCCUGGGUCUAGUUAAAGACAACAUGAGCAAAAGUAGCAUGCAAGCUACAGAUUGUGUGACUGCUGAUACUCAUGUUAUUGAGCUAGUGGAGUUGGUCUUAAGGCCUCCACAGGGUGGACCUCCGCUCCUUCCGGACCAGGGUGAUGCGGUUCUGGCAGCACUGAACCUCUACAGAUUUGCAUUGCUAUUUGAAUCGAAAGGUAUAAUGUCUUAA